AUGGCUGGCCCAAUAGAAGUUGAAGACAAUGUCGCACACUUUGGCUGUGGCAAUGCGGACCUUACCGCCGAGGAGCACAGCGUCUAUUCGCGCCAGCUCGGGGCUAACCGGCCGCAGAAUGAUGACGGCAGUGAGAUCCCGUUGCCUUUGUCCUUCGCAUUCUGCUGCACACAAGAAUCAGACUGCCCAUUUGACGCUCAAGAGAUGGGACAGAAGGAGACUGAAGUGAUGAACGAGUACUGGAACACCCUCGGAAUCAACUGGAAUCUCGCCACCUCCGUGAAGAUCAGCAAUGAUAGCCGCUGUAAAUUGGAGAUUUUGAGCGGCCAACAACCAGAUCUGGAAAGUCUAAAGAGCGCCGUCCGUGCACCUGGCUCGGAACAGCUCACCAUUCUCUCCAUGCCAUCUAACAAAGGCGCGGGCACGAAGGGACAGUGCAUUGUUCCGCAGGGGGAACCUCCUCUCAAGAAGAACGAGCAAAGUUUUGUAGAUGGCUGCGUCAUCGCCAUGGAUACCCUCCCAGGCAUGGAAAACGCUGGCGCCGGCAAAAGGCCAACACAGAACGGUGGCUCAGGCGGAGGCUUCGGCCGCUUUUUCCGUCGCCAACAGGAGCAACGUCAACGUCCGAGCAUCACCACCGUUCACGAGGCUGGUCACUGGCUCGGUCUUGAGCACGAACCGCAGCCGGGGGGGCAAGGCUUCCGUGCGGGGCGUAGGCGGGCAGCUCAACGGGGCAACGUCAUGGAGCCGUGGUCCCGCCCAGGCGUUAACUACGAGUUCAAUGAUCGGCAGAAGAGACAAGCGCGGCAAAUGGCGCUGGCGCGUAUUCAAAAGGGAAACUCGACUGAUGGCACUGAAUACAACGAUGGAGGCGGAAUCGGCGCAAAAGGAUCACCUAACCAGUCUGGCUCCCCAGGGGCUCCUCAGGGUAGUCCCACUCAAGACCGUACUCGCGGAGGAGUCAAUACCCCCCCAGGACCGAUCGGCGACCAGGGUGGUCCCCGUCAAAACGGUCCAAGCCGAGGAGAGUGGCCAGCCGAUCCUCUCCAGCCACCGUUUAGCGGCCCGGAAAUCUUUAGAGGCGACGGUAGUCCCGGCGAAGACGGUCCAAGACGAGGACAAAAGCCGGCCGAGCCUGUCCAGCCACCGUUUGGCGGCCCGGAAAUCUUUAGCGGCGACGGUAGUCCCGGCGAAGACGGUCCAAGACGAGGACAAAAGCCGGCCGAGCCUAUCCAGCCACUGUUUGGCGGCCCGGAAAUCUUUGGCGGCGACGGUCCAAGACGAGGACAAAAGCCGGCCGAGCCUGUCCAGCCACCGUUUGGUGGCCCGAAAAUCUUUGGCGGCGACGGUAGUCCCAGCGAAGACGGUCCAAGUCGAGGACAAAAGCCGGCCGAGCCUGCCGACCCGGCGUUUGAUCGUCCAAGAAACUUCGAGGGCGACGGUGGCUUUUCAGGCAUCCCCCAAACGGUUUCAGAGGGUAUCCAGGAGGGUCAGGGAGACUUGGGCGAAGGAGCCGGAGCACCCGACCUCAACACCAACAAAAUUAUCUCUUCCGGGAUGAAGAAUUUGGGCAUGGCCAGCUAG